AUGGCGGUGAAGUUGUCCUCGGCCGAUGCGUUCGAGAUCCACCUCCAGGCCCUCACCCGGUCCCUCGACCUGCAGGCGGAGUUGGUGCGCAGCGCCUUUGACCUGCACCCGGACUUCCCGCUCGGUGACUUCCGGGGGCUGACCGCGGAGGCGAUCGGCAAGUUCCGCGCCGCGGUGGGGGAUCUGCGCUCGGACCUGAUCGCCGUGGCCGCUACCGCCAGGGUUGCUACGGAGUCUCCAGUGGCGAUGGGGUCCCCCACCCGCAAGCGUGCUUCCUCGAAGGGUAGCCGUGGCAGCCGCAGGAGCAGCGAUCGCCCGUCAUGGAAGGCCUCGAGCAUACAGUCUGCGGAGGAGGAGGAGGUCGGUCAGCCCGCGAGCCGAGGGUCCUCGACGAAGCUGUCUGAUGUCGCCCUAACUCCAUUCGUGCUAUCUGAUGUGGAUGCCCACAAGACCAGGGGCGCACCUACGACGACCUCAGAUGCCACCGCCAUGUCAAAGGGCCCGAGGAGAACCCCACGGUGUAUCGACGGCGUACUGAAUCCAGAUUGGCCUCCGAGGUUGUCGUGGGACAUGGUGGUCGUCUUCCUGGUCCUGUGCGACAGCGUGGUGAUCCCCUUCCAGCUGGCCGAGUUCAACACGGGGCCAAGGUUCGAUGAGUUCUGGCUCUGGCUGACGAUCGCAAUAUUCGGGAGCGAUCUGGUGAUGAAUUUCUUUACCGGCUACCGCGCGGGCAAAAAUGACAAGCCCCGGCAGGAGGGGACCCUCGUCACCGAGAAGGCUUGCAUUGCGGUCAACUACCUCCGUGGAUGGUUCUGGAUCGAUUUCAUGAGCACUGUGCCGUGGCACAUCAUCGCGGAGGCCUUCACUUCCAGCAGUGAAACGUCUUCGGGGGCCCAGGUCACAAAGCUCGCCAAGGUGGUCAAGUUGACGCGGCUUCUGAGGCUGAUGAGGAUGCUACGUCUUGCCAAGAUCCAGGUGAUUUGGGACCGUCUGGAGGGCAAGAUCGGCUCCAUCACCGCUUUGAACGUGGUGAGUAUGUGCAAGGUUCUGCUCAUAUGGGCCGCAAUUUGCCAUUGGGGCGCAUGCAUCUGGUGGAUGGUCGGCAGGAGAGACAGUUUGGUGAUGCUUAUUACAUUUCAGGAAGAUCCGGAUGCGCUCCACUGGACAGAGUUGCCGCGCAGGCAUAGUCCUGAGGACAGCUACGGGACGUGGAGAUGGGUGGAUAGGCCUGUGGCGGAGCAGUACGUGUUUUGUUUCUAUUGGAUCUUGGGAGUGAUGCGCACCAUGCCAGCCGAGGUCACACCGAUCACCUUGGUGGAGAGGAUGUUUGUCCUUCUCUUCAUGUUCUUCGCCGUCAUGGCCUUCGCCGUCAACGUCGCCCGCAUCACGCAAGCCUGGUUCAAGUUCAGCGCGCGCAAGGACGCCUUCAAGGAGGAGAUGGCCUACGUCCGCAUGCACCUGAGAUCGAUCAACUGCGGCGCCACGCUGCAGCUGCGCACACAGGGGUACCUGAACCACCUGUACGCGAAGCGGAAGCUCCACGCCAAGGAGGCGGGCCUCCUCGGCGUCCUGCCCGACGAGCUGAAGCUGCAGCUCGUCCAGGCCCAGCGGAUCCGCUUCCUCAAGAUGAUCUCGCGGCUCCAGGGGUGGAAGGACCCGGACCUGCGGCGCGUGUGCGACGCCACCGACGCUAUCGACUACUUGCCCGGCGACGCGGUCGUGGAGCGAAACAGCGACGCCGAUGCCGCGCACGUGCUCAUGCGGGGGGGCCUGCAGGUGCUAGCAGCGGAGGACCAGCGGGCGACGGCCAGCGGCACCUCCCCGAGGAGCCGGGCGAGCCGGAGGUCGUCCUUGGUGCAGCGCCUCUCGGUGCGCGGCGGCGUCGACCCCCUGACGGUGGUGGACGAGCACUGCCUCUUCGACCUGGGGAGCGACGUGAAGAGCAGGAACACCGUGGUGGCGCUCGAGUGCUCGGAGGUGCUGCGCAUAGACCGGCGCAGGUUCCAGGAUGUGCUCCAGACGCGCAGCGCCAGGAAGGCCGCAGACGCCCACGCGAGGAGCGUCCGGGACACGCUCGGCGCAGGUCAGCAGGCGGCCUCCGACUCCGAGGGGGGCAGCGACGACGAGCCUCCGAGCGAGGAUCUGGGAGGCGUCCGAGGCGCCGCGACGGGCAUGGCAGCGAUGAGGCAGAGCAGUGAGGCCUUUCGGCAGCAGCAGAUGCAGCACAACGCUGCCAGCGCCGCGGUGUCGGCAGGAUAG